AUGGCUGAACUCCUCCGCCACCAGGAACACCACGAUCCUCGUAUCGGCGAGAUCCCCGUCCCUCACGGCCCUGAGACGGGUGACGAACACGAUGAUUUCCCCCGCGAACACACCACCGAACACGAGCGCCGCAUCUUCGCCCACAUCACCCGCCCCGAUGAUUCUUACACGCCCGAGGGCGUCUACUGGGCCGAUUUGCCCCUCCGUCAGCGCAUCGCUUUCGUGACCAAGGUCGAUCGCGAGGAGGCCGCCAGCGAGCUCAAAGCCACCGGCCAAAUGAUGAAGAAGGAUCCCCUCUCGCCCGUGGGCUGGUACUUCCGCAACGCCAUCCUGCCCGGCGCCGGUCUCGGUCUUGAGGGUUACGUCCUGUUCUCCAUUGGAAACUUGGAGCCGCUCUUCCACGCCGUGUGGCCCGAGUGCUGGGGUUCGUCUGGAACGGCGUGCGCCAGCAACUGGGUCGCCUCGGUCACCUAUCUCGAGAUUGUCGGUAUCAUGAUCGGUCAGGUCGUCGUUGGUAUUAUCGGAGACUGGAUCGGCCGUCGAUGGGGUCUCAUUCAGGACGCUCUCAUCAUGUUUGUCGGUCUUCUCAUGCUCACAGGCUCCUGGGCCGCCACGCUGCAGGGUUGGGUCAUCUUCUACGCCUGGUCUCUCUUCUUCUACGGCCUCGGCGUCGGGGGCGAAUACCCCAUCACCGCCACCUCUUCCAUGGAGUCUGCCGUCGCCGCUGGCCGUCUCUCAACGCGUGAGGAUCGUCUCCAUCGCGGCCGUCGCGUCACCAUGGCCUUCCUCAUGCAGGGCUGGGGGCGCCGGGCCCUACUCCGAGUCGGCCGCCCAGUUCACCUUCCGCAUCUCCUUUGCCUUGCCCGCCAUCGGCACCCUGUGGCUCGUCUACUACCGUACCUGGAAGAUGCCCCGUGCCAACCGCCAGCUCGCCCUCGCGAAGCAGCGUGCCGGCGUCUCCGUCACCGGCUACGACGUCACCGCGCUGCGCGCCUGUUGCAGCAACUUUGGCGGCCGCCUGCUCGCCACCGCCGGUACCUGGUUCUGCACGAUGUCUUCUUCUACGGCAACAAGCUCUUCCAGGGCCAGUUCAUCUCGGUCAUCUCCUCCAACCCCAACAGUCUGAUGGAGAAGUGGACUUGGAACCUCAUCAAUGUUGUUGUCUCCCUUGCGGGAUACUACCUCGCCAGUCUCCUCAUCGACAACAAGCUUUACGGCCGCAAGACGAUGCAGCAGGUCGGCUUCUUCAUGUGCUUCAUCAUGUUCGUCAUUCCUGCGUUCAACUACGACUACUACACCUCCCCCGCCGGCAUCCACGCCUUCCAGGCCAUGUACUUCCUCUCCUCCUUCUUCAACCAGUUCGGCCCCAACAGCGUCACAUUCCUCGUGGCCGGUGAAGUGUUCCCCACGCCCGUCCGCGCUUCGGCCCACGGCUUCUCCGCCUGCAUCGGCAAGGCCGGUGCUCUCCUCGCAAGUGUCCUGUACAAUUACAUCGACACGCCGACCAAGUUCCACGUCGUGCCCUGGUUUGGCCUCGCCGGCAUGCUGCUUACCUGGGGCUUCCUACCCGACACGACGGGCCUCGACCUGCGCGAGCAGGAGAGGCGGUGGAUGUACAUUAUCCAGGGUCGCGAGAAGGAAUACCACGGCGUCGCCGUGCACCCUGUGCAUCUCUCGGCUUGGGAGAGGAUGCGCGGCGCCGGCAAGGAAUACAACCCCGACCUGGACCUCAAGUCGCAGAUCCGUGAUCUGAGGACCGAGUGGGAAGAGGAGCAGCGCGGCGGCAACGGCGAGAAGGCUGGAGGUGAAGAGGAGGCUGCCGGUGAAGGCGACUGGUCGCCUGAGAUUCACGGGUACUUCCGUCAGGGACAGGGAAAGGGAAAGGCCGUAGAGGGUGAGGAAGGACGUGGUGUUGCUGAGACACCCGGGAGCCCGGAGCUCAAGGAGAAGUCUGCUGCAGCGUGA